AUGGCUGAGAAGAUGCAUGAUUCCACCCGACCAGGGAUGACAAGAAGUUCCUCCUACCUAGAUUCCAUUUAUGGCAACGGUUCCCUUGAGUUGGUAUGGGAGAAUGGUCAAAUUCACGUGCAAGGAGGCUCAUCCUCAAGUGUCACACGAAAGACUCCCUUGUGCGAUGGGUAUUCAAUAAAAGCAAUUGAAGAAGGUGGCUGCAUUGGCAAAAGUGCAAGGUUAAGCACAUUAUACUCCCUUAUGGACUUGCCAGUUCAAAGGAACUCUGAGUUGGACCAUUCACAACGAAAUUCUCAUCAAAGCAAUUAUCGAAAUUCCCCUCAACUUCAUUUGAAAUUCUCCAAAAGCAAGAGUUUCGAUGAACAUAAAGAUGGUUGCGCAAACUCUAGAGCAAUAGGACCUCAUCAAACAAGAAGUUCACAGAAACAAGACUUGGCUCCGGUGAUUGACUCACCUAAAGGAUCGUAUGCUCUCACACGACUUUACGGACAAAAACGUUUGACUUCUGAUGCGUCAAACCCAGUCUCCUUUGUUCCAAGAAAUCAAGAAACACCUCCUGACGAGGAAUCUGAAGCCGUGGGUCGUAACAGUGCUCCUUGUAUUACUAUUCACAGAUCUCAUGCUCACUAUUAUAAUCGAACCUCAAGCUCAACAGGACUUAGAGCAAAGGGAAAAGCUGAUACUAACUAUUGUGAUCAAGCCUUGUUAGAUUCUUCUUCCCUAUGCUCCCUUGAAGCCUCAAACAAUGCAAAUCUUUGUGGCAGGAAACAUGAUGACACCGACGACUCAAUGUAUUUAAGCGAUAAUGAUGAAGAACCAGAAGAUGUAGUGAAGGAAAAGCCUGCUCGGGAUGGCACCAGAGUCAAGAGAAACAGGAAUGCAGAGACUCAUAAUUUAUGCGAAAAGAAGCGAAGAGAUAAGAUCAACAAGAGAAUGCGUGCAUUGAAAGAGCUCAUACCAAAUUGCAAUAAGACGGACAAAGCUUCAAUGCUUGACGAUGCCAUUGAAUAUCUUAAGACCCUAAAGCUUCAGUUACAGAUUAUGUCAAUGGGUGCUGGGUUUUGCAUGCCUCUUAUGAUGUUACCUACUGCCACUCAUCAUAUGAUGAGCACACCACAUUUACAUCAGUUAAUGGGAGCAGGAAUGGGCUUCAGGCCAGGCACAACCAUCCCUUGUAGCCUACCUCAGUUCCCUAUUACACCUUUGCCUGGUAUCACUGACAAUAGAGCUAGAAUGUUUGGUUUCCCUAACCAAGUGCCACCCAUGCCCAUUUCUCAUGCACCUUUCAUUCCUAUGAUUGGAAAUCCUUCUUCACAACCCUUUCUGCCAACUAACACACCUACCAACGUGGCAAAAAACCCAGCUUCUUCCCAGUUAACUCCUAAGGUCUCAAUCCCCAUGAACUCAUAUCUCAGUGGACAGGCUGAAAAUGCAACAAAGCAAGCACCGAAUCAAAUUUUCUUUCCCCACUAGCUAUCCCACAUAAGAGAAAAAAA